GUCGCCCUGACGGCUGAUUCCUCGAUAACGGUCCUGGAACCCCUGUAAUCCUCGUGCUUUACCCCAUCCGCCACACGGAUGCUUCGCUGCCUCGUGCCUCUUCCAUUUCAGCAUCGGAUGGGACCCCGGGCUCCAUAGAUUGACAAAAAGCCUCGCCGUCCCAGGUCCUGCCUGUCAUGCGUAUUCGUAUAUUAAGGUUGCUCAGCAUCCCAUAUGCUUGCCUCAUUCCCAGCUCGGUGUCGAACCACCUCCCAAAUAUUAUUUUUACCUCGUCACCUCAUCACCUCUUCAGUUAAUCCCAUUGAUGACCAACACCCUUUCCCAUCAUGAAUUCUUCGCGGGCAACAUUACUUCCCUCCCUAACCACCAACAUCUCCCGUGUUGCCAGCAAAGGUCUUUACUGCAGUACCGCCACCACAGGCUUGCGAGCAAGUUAUUCUGCCCUCAGACCUUUGGCCUCGUCGAGGCACCGGAACUUCUCAACUUCGCAAAAGACUCAGCUUGAUUUCUUCCCUCCUCCAAAGAACCUCCCCAACAUUAAAAUCACGCCCCCAUCAUGGCCGCACCCACCUGCCAGCGAGGAACAGCUGAACAAGAUUGAGGUCGCUCACCGAGAGACAAGGACUCUGUCGGACUCGGUGGCAUACAACACUGUACGGUUCCUACGCUGGGGCACCGACUUAUUCACUGGCUACCGCCACGACCCCAACAAACCAUACAUUAUGAGCGAACGCAAGUGGCUGAUCCGAUUCAUCUUCCUCGAAACUGUUGCAGGGGUGCCGGGUAUGGUGGGAGGGAUGCUUCGGCAUCUGCGCAGCUUGAGACGGAUGAAGAGGGAUAACGGCUGGAUCGAAACCCUUCUCGAAGACGCAUAUAACGAACGCAUGCACCUGUUGACAUUUCUCAAAAUGGCCGAGCCGGGUUGGUUCAUGAAGCUCAUGAUCCUCGGCGCACAGGGAGUCUUUUGCAACGGCUUUUUCUUCGCCUACCUCAUCAACCCUACCAUCUGCCAUCGCUUUGUCGGCUAUCUCGAAGAAGAGGCCACCAAGACAUACAGCUAUGCCAUUGAGGAUCUUGACUCCGGCAAAUUACCCGCGUGGGAAACCCUGCAGGCACCAGAUAUUGCCGUCAAGUAUUGGAACAUGCCCGAAGGCCAUCAGACCAUGAGAGAUCUGUUGUUGUACAUCCGAGCAGACGAAGCCAAGCACCGAGAGAUCCAUCAUACUUUGGCAAAUCUCAAGGCCGAAGACCCCAAUCCAUUCGUGUCGGUCUACAAGGACCCCACUAAGCCUCAUCCUGGCCCAAGUAUUGAGCAUAUCAAAUCAAAAGGCUGGGAAAGAGAAGAUGUUAUUUGAGGAAGUUGGAUCAUGUGCCAUUAGACUUUUGGGAGUUUCGCACAGGUUUUACCACAAAUGAUAAAUGCUAUCUACAUAGCGGACGAAUUGAGAUGAUUAUUUGUAACAGCAACAGACAGAAGCGUACGGAGUACUGUAAAACAGCCGUGAAGAGUCUUUGUUUUGACGAUUUCCUUGCGAGUUAAAAGGUGGGGUGUCACUGGUGGGUACUGAUGUCAACCUGCAUGGCCUGGCGCUGAGAUACUUUGAUACCCGUGGUGGAAGAGAUGAACCAUGGACGCGUUUGGGGACGAUCAUUGGUAUUUUGAUCCCAAAGCGAUGCCGCUAGGGCAGCACAAGCCUGUUACUUGUGGGGGUCUACUUAUCCGCAGAGGUCUUAGCCUCCAGGGUUCCAGGUGGUGACAACAUGAUGAAUGGUCAAUUAUUGGAGGUUCCUCGUCAGGCAUCUGAUUAGACUUGGAGCUAAUCCACGCAAGCUUGAAGGAUGGACGUGUCGUCCGUCGCGUUAGAAAAAUACCCGAAUGCAGAGUCCGUGGAUGAGCAGCGUGAGUGGGCGCGACUAUUGCCUACUGUGAACUGGUGCCUGAUGCCUCAUGACCAGCCAUCUCUCAUUCAUGAUCAGGUGCCAUGUUCAAAUAGAAAACUUGGAUGCCACUGGCAUUACCAGCCACCGAAUUUUAAAUAUUAUGGUGUGUGGGUGUAAAUGAAUGGCGCCGCUCUAUGCCUAUCGCGUAAAGGACGAAUCCAUUUGACCUGAACAAAUUGGAUGCUCGUCUAUCUGGCUACGGAGUACAUCUUGGAUCCAAAACAAACUAGCUGGCCAGACAAACAAGCACCAAGUCGUUUUAGGACAGCAAUAGCUGGGAAUGUCUCUUGUCUCUGUGUAGCCUUGUAAUAAGGAACAGGCUCAGACGUCCUUGUGCAGCAGUACAAUUAUUAAAUGCCUGCGCAGUGGUCGAGGACUGAAAACCUCGCUAAUAAGUUACGAAGAGUACGAGUAGUGACAAAGAAACGUACCUACCUAGAGGUACCUCAUGU